AUGAAAAAAAUAAAACUAAACAUCACGCGGGAAGAGGACAACUUGCAGACUAACAUAUACUAUGUGUGCGAAAAAAAUAUAUUAAUUUCACAGCUCAAUCUAACCAUCAACUAUGAAGAAAAUAAUAUGGACGAAGAGGAAAUUGUUGAGCACAGUAAUGAAACAGUCAACAACCAUACAAAGAAUAGAACGACAAAAAAAAACAAAUGGUUUAACAUAAAGAUAUCUUAUAGCGAUGAACUAAAUAAUCUAUACCUAAACAAUGUGAUAAAUAACUUAUACGAUUAUAUUUUUGAAUGUAAAGGGAAUAAUUUUAACAUACAUAAAAAUGACCACUGGCAGAUCUUUAUAAAUAUUUACAUAUAUGAGUACACACCAUUUAUAUAUGACCAUAUCUGCAAUGUGAUAAAUGUGCACCUGUCUCUUUUGCUAAUUCCUUUUUGCUUCUACGACUUUGAUGAGAAAUGGUACAGAUGUGUUCAGAAUUAUGAGGAAUUGGGGCGGCUACUAUCAGCGGGGAGCUCCCUCUAUGACCCUGCGGAGAAGCGAGCAGAAGACUCGACGGAUAUCGUAAUCCUAGGUGGAAACGAACAAAACAAAAAGAUAAUAAUAAACCAACUGGAAAAUAACAAUUUUGAUUUGUUUGUUGAAAAAAAAAAAGGGGAAACCGCAGAAGGCUUGUUCAAAAGAGUACUCAUAAAAUACAUCCCAAUUUUGCGAACAGUAAAUGUGGAUGAUCAAAUUGUGUACGUAAUAAAAUUUGUGGAAUAUGAAGACUUUUUCUUACGAACACAAAAAAUAGAUGAUAAUAUUUAUAAUAAUAUUUUUGAUAAACAUUCCUUUUGUAACUUUACAAAAAAGACAUCGUUUGAUAGACUGCCCUGUGAAAAUGAGGCAGACAAAUUUAAUCCACACGAAAAUUAUUACAUACUCUUUAAUGCGAAUACUGCAACUGUUGACGAAAGUAGCAUUUUGGAAAACUCAAGGGAAACCAUCCAGUUUUAUUACGAUUUCAUCGUCAAUUACUGCACAAGUUAUUUCGCUGCACAUUUUGUGAAGUAA